AGAGAGGGAGGGAAGGAAGGAAAGAGAUAGGGAGACAGAGAGAGAGAGUGACAGAGAGAGAGCAAGAAAAGGAGGGACCAGUGCACAAAGACUCAGUAUGUGCAGUUUGUUCUUUUGCAUCAGAGGAAGGGACAGAGGGAAGAAGGACAUUUGAGCAAAAAAAUCUGGAUAUUCACAAAUGUGGCACAAGAAGGAGAAAACAUUCAUUUAGGAAGAGACCAUAGAGUGAGGGAACAGAAAACAGAAGGAGAGGCAGAGGAGUGAAGAAGAGGGGGAUGUAGCCAGACCUUGUGUCAUGUUCUGCUCUAAACUGAGAGCCCCAUCACCUCCACCUGCUGUCAGGAUGUAACAGCAACAGUCUACUUUCUACUAUCCACAGAGACCAACACACGAACAUCAGCCACACAACAGUAACUUCAACUCGCCUUCAGCAUUGCGACUGUCAGUAGACUUUAGAAUAAUCUAGAACAAACUCAGACUGUGUUUGUGUACUAACUCUGUACUGUAAGCAUGUGGAGGCCAACACCCAUUGUGUUGCAGUCUCAGCUGCUCCUGUUUGUGUGUAUGUGUGUGUGUGUGUGUGGGUUGGGUGCGGUGGUGAUUCAAUCCCUCCCAUGGCAUGUCUCCUGCCCGGGCCACUGUGUCUGUCAGAUCAAGCCUUGGUUCUCCCCUGAGUCUGUCUACUGUGAAGCUCCUACUGUCGACUGUAAUGACCUUCUGUUGACCAAGCUGCCCUCGGCCCUCCCUCACAAUACACACACCCUGCGCCUGCAAAGCAACCUCCUGUCUGCCUUAGACAGCACCGGGUUACAUACACUCCCCAACCUUACUGAGCUCGACCUCUCCCAGAACCACUUCAACAGUGUGAGAAGCCUGACACAGAGCCUGGCCCUGGCCUCUCUGCUCUCCCUGCAUCUGGAGGAGAAUCAGCUGACCCAUCUCCCCCUGAGUUCCUUUUUUUCCUUGCCUGCCCUUCAGGAGCUUUUCCUCAGCCACAACCGCCUACGGUCCCUGGCCCCUGGAGCCUUCACAGGCCUGGACUCCUUACUGCGUCUGCAUCUCAAUAACAACAGACUGACCUCCAUCGACCCACGCUGGUUCACGGCACUGCCCAGUCUGGAGGUGCUGAUGCUUGGGGGGAAUCCGGUGGAGGCCCUCCCUGAGCAGGGCUUCCAGGCCCUGGGCUCCCUACGGAGCCUGGUUCUUGGGGACAUGGGCCUGAAGGGGCUGCCUGAAGGAGCCCUAGAAGGGCUGGAUAACCUGGAGAGCCUGUCUUUCUAUGACAAUCUACUGACCAGUGUUCCCACUCAGGCUCUGAGGAGAGUAGCAGGGUUGAAGUUCCUGGACCUCAACAAGAACCGUAUUGGCCUGGUACAGACGGGAGACUUCAAGAAUAUGGUCCAUUUGAAAGAGCUAGGGCUGAACAACAUGGAGGAGUUGGUUUCCAUUGAGAAAGCUGCCCUGGAGAAUCUCCCAGAGCUCACCAAGCUGGAGAUCACCAACAACCCCCGUCUGUCCUACAUCCACCCCCAGGCCUUUCUUCAGCUUGGCAGGCUGGAGAGUCUGAUGCUGAACUCCAACUCUCUGACUGCCCUUCACCAACACACACUUCUAUCCCUGCCCAGCCUGCAGGAGGUCAGCUUACACUCCAACCCACUCCGCUGUGACUGUCUGUUCCGCUGGGUGGCUGGAGGCCACUCACACACAGACUCAGACACACACACACACCUGGAGGCACAGGCUGAUGCGCACACACCGCGAGCUGUGAGGUUCAUCCAGCCCCAGGCCACGCUGUGCUCUGAGCCUCCGGAACUGAGAGCCCGCAGGGUGAGGGAGCUGUCUUUGAGAGAGAUGUCUGCCUCUUGUCUUCCCCUGAUCCCACCAGGUCCCCUCCCCCCAUACAUGGGGGUGAGAGAGGGGGGGAGUCUGGUCCUGCACUGCAGAGCUCUAGCUGAGCCACAGCCUACUAUCUACUGGGUGACUCCCACUGGGCUGAAACUGGGACCUAACAUGAGCCACGCAGCCAACCACACGCCAGAACCGAGCCCCAUGCCUUCCCUUCAAGCCAGUCCAGCCAAGUCCCACCACCACAAACACACCCACCCUUCCGGUCAUGCUCAGGGGCUGUCCAUUGUCCCAGGCCCAGGUUCCUCCUCCCACUAUAACCUUCUCCCAGAGGGGACACUGCAGAUUGUCAGAGUGACGCCCAAGGAGGCAGGUUUAUACACCUGUGUGGCUGAGAAUGCGCUGGGUGCAGACACUCGCAGCGUCACUGUGGGCGUGCAUGGAAGGGGAGAGUGGAGGGAGGGCCCGGUGCCCUCCAGCCCGGUGCCUUCCAGCCCGGUGCCCUCCAGCCCGGUGCCCUCCAGCCCGGUGCCUUCCAGCCCGGUGCCCUCCAGCCCGGUGCCCUCCAGCCCGGUGCCCUCCAGCCCGGUGCCUUCCAGCCUGCAGGAGUUUCCAUUCCUCAAGUCAGCUGGGGGUUUACAGGUGAAGAAGGUAGGAGAACACUAUGCUGUUUUAACCUGGAUGACCGGCCACAACUUCCCCUUUGCCAAAUUAUCCUGGCACGCCACACACUCGGAUACACAGACACAUUCCACUCGUAUCCUAGCUGGCACACAAAGCUUCAACCUCACACAUCUGCAGCCGGGGACCCUCUACCGUGUGUGUCUGCACACGGAGAUCAGAGAGGGACCAAGACAGGCAGGGAGCAGGCAGAGAGACGGGAGCCCGCCCCAGUGUGUGUCCCUCAGGACUGUGGAGAACUCCAAGCCUUACGCUGACCUGACCCUAAGCCCAGAGCUGACCUCCACGGUCCUGCUGCUGCUCACCCUCACCCUGCUGCUGCUGGCCCUCCAAUCCUGGCAUGGGGAGCCCUGGGAGGGCAUGGAGAAACCCCACGGUGCCCUUCUACAGGAGGUCCAAGGUCAUGAGGCGAUCCCAGAGGUCAAAGUUGAAAAGAAGAAAUGCUCAGCCAAUCAGACACCAGAGAGCUCUGACCAGCCUGGACAAGAAGAGAAAGGGUUGCAACAGCCUGUGUAAUGUUGAGACACACAUGCAGCAACACACACACAUGUACACAAGUACACAAGGAAAGUUAUUACUUUCAAAUAAAUUACUUGGUGGAUGGCACCAGAGAUGGUAUCCAGUAUGACAUAGUAAGAGAUUUGUAUUUAUUUUACAUAUGAAUAUAUAUUCUCAUUCUUUGUUUGUGUAACAAGAUGUAUAAAGAAGGAUUUUCCAAAACAUGCUACAAACCAGAGAUCAGCAGACCAUCUGUCUGUAUUUGACAUCCACAGGACCUAUCCCCGGCAAAGGCCUGAGCUGACAUUGCAGAAUAAGCCUGGGUCACACUGAACAGUGACUGAGAGCUACCGAACUAUGAACCAAUCCCAGACUGAAUAUAUAGGCCUACUGGUAUCUAUGAAGGUUACAGUAGGUUUCAACUAUCACAACUGGCAUGGAUGUGGCUAAACUGUCAGUUACUGUGAUGUACAGGAAAUCUUUUUUUCUCUCAAUCUUCACAUGCAAACUGGUAGAGCAGUCUGUGUUUUUGUUCCUCUUGCUGUGAAAACAGUCUUUGUAACCUGUGAUGUGUGCACAAAGGAUGAGACAGGAGGUUUCUCAGUGGUAACAGAGAUGGACCCUCUCGGGUCCACUUUCUGAGUUCACAGAGCAGACUCUCUCUUCUUCCAUCCUAUUCUAACCACUCCAUCCAGCCUUGCAUCUUCAAACAGAGACACAUUCUCCGAAGUGCAUCAUUACACACACUUCAUGCGCCUUCUGGGUCUUGCACAUCCAAGAAGUCGAUGUGAAUAACCUGUCUAGCUUUUAUGACACUUUUAUUUGGUCUUAAAUUCUGCAGUACAAUCUAGAUUCCUUUACCCAUAAGUAUUCCCUCUUUCAAAAAUGAUAUGUAUAUAUAUGACUG